AUGGCUGAUUCUCUGACUGAAGAGCAGGUCUCCGAGUUCAAGGAGGCCUUCUCCCUGUUUGACAAGGAUGGUGAUGGCGAGAUCACCACCAAGGAACUGGGAACCGUUAUGCGAUCCCUGGGUCAGAACCCUUCCGAGUCCGAGCUCCAGGACAUGAUCAACGAGGUUGAUGCCGACAACAACGGCACGAUUGACUUCCCCGAAUUCCUGACCAUGAUGGCACGAAAGAUGAAGGACACCGACUCCGAGGAGGAAAUUCGUGAAGCUUUCAAGGUUUGUGGAUACGAUAGGGACGAUGCCGUGCUCAAAGCUGACAUGAGGCAGGUAUUCGACCGUGACAACAAUGGCUUCAUUUCCGCUGCUGAGCUGCGACACGUUAUGACCUCUAUCGGUGAGAAGCUCACAGACGAUGAGGUUGAUGAGAUGAUUCGGGAGGCUGACCAGGACGGUGAUGGACGCAUUGACUAUAACGAAUUCGUCCAACUCAUGAUGCAGAAAUAA